AUGGACCUACUCCUGCUCCAGUCAACUCCUCAGACGUCAGCAGUCAGAAGAGGUACAUCCUCUGGUGAGCAAGCCGCCACCCCAACACUUCCAGAGGCUCCAGAUCGCGAUAAGUAUGUUCAACCAACCAAAACGAAAAAAGCAGCUUUAAAGCGGAAGAGGUCGGUGGAGGACGUUUAUGACCUUCAAUGCGAGGUUCUGGAACAGGAGCUGGAGAAGAACGAGCUGGAGAUAGAGAAAGAUCGACUCCAGAUUAAUAUCUUAAAGUCAUUACAGGAAAGGGUUGCAGCUGGGGGACAAAGUGAUCCUUUGAUGGAGUUGUUCUCCACCUUGAGUCGCUGAGUGAGAGAGCAAGA